UGGAUCGAAAUCUCAUCUCAAUUUGGGUUCGUGGACUAAUUGUUCAUGUGUGGAUAACCAAAGAGCAGAUUUUCAUUUGUCAAUAUCAUUGAUCUGUAACAAGCAACUUCAUGCACUAGUCUCUGGUCUUUCUAUUUUAACUCUGCUGGUUAAUUCCACAGACAUCCCUGUCAUAUUUUAUGCGACAGGUACAAAUAAAAUAUUCUUCAUUGAUUUUAUACUCUCCAACGGUUUUUCCACAUUUACCUCAAAGGGUCUACAUAACUUUCUCCCAAACAACAUUUACCUCUCAAAACUCCUCAUUUCUCUCAAAUUUUCACUCUCUUUUUGAUAUGUCGAUUGCAAUUUUGCCGAGGUUUCCCAUUCUGAAAGUCCGAGGAAAUUAGCUCUGCAUGUUUUUAUACUUAUUUUGUUGCAGAUAAUGGAAGUUCGAGGAGGAAUGCCUAAGUCGCUUGCUAUCCAAAAGGCGAAAUUAAGAAAGCGAAGAGAACUAAGGCGGCAAUGGUUGGGGAACAGAAUCGACUGGAGAAAGUUAAUAUUCUUUGUAGCCAUCAUGACGACAGCAGCGGCUGUCUUACAGAUAAUUAUACUUCCAUAUCCUGUCUGGUUUCUCGUACCUCCAGCAACAAUUUCAUCUUAUGAAGCCUCGAAUAAUACUACAAGUGUUCAGAGUAAUCUUCCCGUUGAGCGGGUUGAGUUAUUUCAACCUGUUGGUGUUAGUAGUUUAACGAACACGACAAAAGCGGUCGAGGAAGGGAAACCCAGAGCUUCCCGACGGAGGAGGAGGAGAAGGAGGGUUAAGACUAAACAGAAACCUGAAGAGCCAAUUUUUCCUCCACCACCACCUAGAGUUGUUACCGCUUGGCAGCGAUAUGUUUGGUCCCUUCCACCUAAUGAAGCACUAAUUUACGCCAGGUAGAGGUCCAUAUGUUUGGUCCCUUCCACCUAAUGUAUGGAGGGUUCGUCCAAUAUUAGCGUUCUCUUCUGGAGAUUCUGACAGUUCUUCAAUGUAUGGAGGUCCACUUUCAUGAAUGUCUAUUUAACGAGAAGAGAUGAGGGUUUGCAUCGUAGGUAUAUAAUCUGUGUACUUGUUUUUGUUUACUUUAUAGAGAUAUAUAUAAGAGCAUCGGCAUUCUUUUAGACAGUGAAAGUCAAGGAGCAAAGAUGCUUAGAUUCACUAUAACAGGCGUAUGUAAGCACUAAGAUCUCCUUGUAGGCUGAACUUACUGGUGAUCAUUGCAACUCUACCCUGUAUUCUCUGCUCCAGAUGCAUACUCUUGUUAUUAAUACAAACGGGAUUUCAAAAA